UACAGCUGAUCGCAUGUAAAUAAGGAAAUGCCGGUUAUCGGUAUUUCUCUCCCCACAAGCUGUCACGCUGACAGCUCGGACAUGUACACUGAUCAUCAAGGUGCCCCGAUGAUCAGUGUAGCCCCAUCAGUGCCACCUGUCAGUGUCCAUCAAUGCCACCUGUCAGUGCCCAUCAGUGCCACAUCAAUGCCACAUAUCAGUGCCUACCAGAGUACAUCAAUGCCACAUAUCAAUGCCCAUCUGAGCUGCCUUUCAGCGCUACCUAUCAGUGCUAGUCAGUGCCACCUAUCAGUGCUGCCAGUCAGUGCCACCUAUCAGUGCCAGUCAGUGCCGCCUAUCAGUACCAGUCAGUGUCGCCUAUCAGUG